AUGGCAUCCGCCUUGGUUAAGUUCAGUGCCAUCUGCAUGCUUAUCGGUCUCACCGCAGCUGAUGUUGGAAUAGCAACCGACACGCCAGUCACAGAAGUGUGCCUAGGGUGCCUUUGCCAAGCGGUGUCGGGUUGCCAAGUGGGCCAGCAAUGUGAUGGUGACGCGUGUGGACUUUUCCGCAUCACAUGGGCGUACUGGGCUGAUGCUGGGAAGCCGACGCUGGCGGGAAGCUCUCCCGAGGCUCCCGAUGCCUACCCAUCAUGCACUAACGACCCAUACUGCGCGGCCCGCACUGUUCAACAGUACAUGAGGCGUUUCGGACAGGACUGCAAUGGCGAUGGAAGAAUCGACUGCUUAGAUUUUGCGGCCAUCCACAAGCUCGGCGGAUAUGGAUGUAAAGCCGACCUGCCUUUCAAAUUCUACAACACCCUCACUCAAUGCCUGGACUACGUUUCCCAGAUUCAGGACACGGAACAAUUUUUGGAAAAUAUGAAAAACGUAAUCUGUGUUUUAGUACUGGUGGCGUUGUUGACAAUACACACCACUGGACUACCGCACCGCUCCAAAGUAUUGCAGUUUUGUGGGAAAAAGCUCAAGAGGGCGUUGGAACUUGUUUGCAGCGAAACUGAAAGAAACGUCGCGGAAGAACUUGAUAUGCUAAAAAAAUACAGUAAAAAAGGGCGCAUAUCCCGGGAACGCUUUCGCACACAUCCGCGCCCCAGCCAGCGCUGGCCGCCUCCGCGGUACCUCAUCGGAGAGCCACCCGUUUUGGAUCCAGGUGACGAGAGCAGCGACUUAAUGUCUAAGAAGGGGUGGUACGUCCCUAAAAAAUCACAGCGGCUGAAGAGAGACUAUGACGUUAAUUUGGUCGAGACCUGUUGCCAGCAACCGUGCACUCUCCACAAAAUGCGCGACUUUUGU